AUGGCUCCUGAUAAGAAGGGAAACAAGCGCAAGGCAGCACCGGUCGCCAGUGACUCUCCCGCCAAAAAAACCAAAAAGGUUGAGGUCAAGACCAAGGCCGUCAAACCCGCCAAACCCGCCGAGGAGACUGCUUCUAAGCCUGCUCUGAAGAAGAAGGAGACUGUUACAGUGAAGUCCAAGGAAACCAAGACUGAGACUGCUCCCAAGGCCAAUGGCGUUUCUACUCGCCAGGCUAAGCCCCGCAAGCGCGCCGCCGACUUCCUGAGUGACGAGGAGACCGAGAAGCCCGCUCCCGCACCUGCGAAGAAACCUGUCAACAAGAAGACCAAGAAGGAGGAGAGCUCUACACAGGCAGCGAAGAAGUCAGCCUCUGCCAAGAUUGGCAAGCCCACACCAAAGCCCAAGCAGGUCGAGCAGGCUUCAGACGAGUCGGAUGAUGAGGACUUUGUGAUCAAUGCUUCUGCGUCUGAAUCCGAGUCUGAGGGUAGUGAAGAGGAGAUUGAUGACGCCGAGGAUGACCAAACCGCUGCUCUCAUCAAGGGAUUUGAGAGCAGCGGAGAUGAGGACGAGUCCGCCGAUGAGGGCUACGACUCCAAGCAGCCCAUUCCUAAGAUUCCCGACACCAAGAAAGCCGAGAAGAAGAUGAAGAAAUUGCAACAGGGUGAGAACAAGGAUGAACCAGGCACAGUUUACGUUGGUCGCAUCCCCCAUGGUUUCUACGAGCACCAGAUGCGCGCAUACUUCUCUCAGUUCGGCGAGAUCACCAAACUCCGUCUCUCGCGCAACCGAUUGACCGGCCGCUCCAAGCACUACGCCUUCAUCGAGUUCGCCUCUUCCACUGUCGCCAAGAUUGUUGCCGAGACCAUGGACAACUAUCUUAUGUUCAGCCACAUCUUGAAGUGCAAGUUUGUCCCUCAAGAGCAGCUGCACCCAGAGGUCUGGAAGGGCGCCAACCGCCGUUUCAAACGCACCCCCUGGAACCAAAUCGAGCGAAAGCGUUUGUUGAAGGGCAAAACUCGCGACCAAUGGUCGAAGCGCAUUGAGCAGGAGCAGCGCAAGCGUCAGGCCAAGGCGGAGAAGAUGAAGGCUCUGGGUUACGAGAUUGACCUGCCCCAGCUCAAGGCCGUAGAGGACGUGCCUAUUCAGGUGCCCGAGGAGCCCAAGGCCGUCGAGUCUGCCCCUGCUGAGGAGAAGGUCGAGGAACAGCCUGCUCAGGCCAUCGAAGCCCCUGCUACCACCGAUGAUACCCCUAAGAAAGCGAAGAAGAGCAAGAAGGCUGAACAAGCCCCUGUCCAGGAAGAGGUCGUAGCUCCAUCAUCCGCUACCAAGUCUCCUGCCACAAAGCCUGCCGCACCAAAGACCAAGAAGGCUGCGAAGAAGACUACCAAAAAGGCCAAGGCGUAA